AUGGUGACCACCAUGAAGGAAACAAAAGAAAUGGGCUUUUACUUGUCUCCCGAUCGGGUGAACGACAUGUGUGUCUUCGUCACACCAAGCGCAACGUCCAAUAGUGAAGAGCGCCAGCUGGAGGAGUACAUCUGCUGCCUGGCGUGCAACGAUCGCGUGCUGCGCCUUAUACAAUCCAACAAGUUGAUAGAAGAAGUCAGCUGCGAGGCGGCACUUACCACGUUAGUCUUUCUCCAAUCGGAGAAGCUCCUCUUCUACGGCACCCAGUCCGGGUCUAUUGGGGUAUUGACUGUGAAAGAGAGCGGCGGGCUGCACAGGGUUGGAAGCUCCGUGCCAAACAGCGGCAGCAGCAGCAGCAAUAUUACCAGCUUCGGUUUGGCGGACGUUAACGCUGACGGCCAAGAUGAGCUGUUGGUGGGCUGCGACGAUGGCACAGUGAACGUCUUUGCCCUGCAGCUGACUCGCUCCUCCAACACGGCGGUCGAGUCCGUCGCUCUCGCGCUGGUGUGGACCGGCAGCGUCGGCGAGCGGGUGACGAGUGUAGCGGGUGGUGUCAUUACCGGCGCACCGGAGCAGCCCGAUGUGCUCGUCCACACGUAUAGUGGACAGAUUGUGGCCUUCACGCUCGACACGGACGCCGUGAAGGAGGACGUGCAGGCGGCUGCGGCAGAUGCGGCGGACCGGCAGGCGGCGCUGCUGGCAAAGCAGGAGGACACGCAAAGCGAGAUUGCCAAGCUUCGCCGCCUUAUUGCACAAAGGACAGAGGAAAUGAAUGCGGCGCCCGCCGUUCCAGCUGCCAAGGCGGCGGCACCUCCUGUGCUAACGGUAACCGCCACCUUUGCGCUGACGGUGACUCUCACGCCUCUUGAGGCCGCACCGAUGCUCUCCUUAGUGAUCUUCGCUGAUGUUCCUUUAGAAGGUGCGAUGGUGCGGUGCAACUCGCAGCUGACCUUUGUGUCGACGAAGAGUGCGGUGGUGAAGACUCGCCCAGCAGCAGGAUCCGCCACAACGUCCGCCUUCUCCGCUUCCUCUUCCGCCCCUCUCAUCGCCACCAUCCGCCCAGUGCAGCACGGGAGUAAGCGCGUGGAAGUACACCUUUGGGCGGACGAGGUCGUCGCGGACACGCUGCAGAUAACCGCCUACAAUGGACAGGCUCCACGGACAGCACAGGUCAAGUACGUGCCUCUCUACGCACUCCCCUUGUACGUGCGCGUCUCCUCCGACAGCUCGGCGGCCCUCGCACCGGAGUUGCUGCAGGCGAUGUCGCGUUGGAUCGUGCUCGGCAACUUCCUCGGUCAGGACGUGCUGGAGUGGAUGGGGCAGCUCUUGCCGGACUUGGCGGACAUCCCCCACCGUGCGACGACGCGUCGGCACAUCUUCGUGAGCGACUUUCUGCAGUCCACGUUGGUCGUGGAGCUCGACGAGGCCGAGGCCGGCAGCAGCGGCGGCGGGGGUAAUCGGGCCGUCUUCAGCUGCAACUCCCUCGUUACCCUCGCAACGGUGAAGCGGCACGUGUCGCAGGCGUGUGCGCAGCUCGGCGUGACCAUCACGACGCGUGAACACGUACUCUUCCUGACCGCGCAGCGCCAGCUUCAGCAGCUCUACCCGAUCAUGGCGAGUCUGUCGACGAGUCAGCGACGACUGCAGCUGUUAGAAGGUCUACGCGAGCUGCAAGGCGCAGAAAACGACUUGAGUUUCCUGCCCAACCCGCUGCAAGAGGUGCUGGCCUCCGCCGAAGAAGUCGAGGUGGAGGCAGAGGCGCAGUCUCACCAGGAGUCGUUCCUGAAGCGCGCCGUCGCCGCCAUUUACCGCAGCCUCGUCUACUUCAAGGGCCACGCCCCUCCACUCAGCGACGCGGUGCGAGUGCGGUUGGAGUCCGCCGCGUGCGGCCUCGGCUUCGAUGCGACGCAGCUGGAGCGCAUCUUCUUCCCCCGCGAUGAGCAGCACGAGGACGCGACCGCACUGGAGGCGGGUGGCGGGUCGGCGUAUUUUCCCAUCACCACCGCCACGUCACCGACAAUGGAGAGUGCUGCGACCGAGGCCGCUCCUGCAGUAGCUGCCGCGGCGCUGCGCGAGACGUCGGAGGUGCCGAGUGCGAUUAUCUCCGCCUCGACCUUGAACGAGGCAUAUGAGCUAUAA